CUUCAAAACAGUGCCAACUUUUCCAACAUAAAUAAUAUUCCUAGUUUGCAAAUUGCACCACCACCAAUUCAGAGUUAGGAAUCACACACACACACACACAGAGACAGAGAGAGAGAGAGAGUGUGCCAACCAUGAACACAAAACCCCUGAGAAAGUCGGGAUCAUUUCUCCUAAAAAAGACUCCUUCAAUGGAACUCCAGACCUCACUUCCUUAUUCAGAAACAUAUGUCCCCAAGAAGCCCUUUAAUUCAAUUGAAUUCCCUUCCUCUCCUCCACCCAACCAGGGAGAGGAAAUACUUCACUCCAGUCACCCUCAUUCCCUGGAAGAAGUUAAAACCCCGGACCCCUUUACGUGCUCCGGCUGCAAGGAGCGUGGUGCCGGCAGGAGAUUCGCAUGCCAACAAUGUGACUUUCAGCUGCAUGACUUCUGUGCCUUAUCUCCUCCAUCUCUCAAGAACCAUCCCCUCCAUGGACAUCACCAACUGCUCAUCUUCCAUUCUAAAUCUAAACCAGGUGGAAUUAUGUGGCCGAAAUGUGAUGUUUGUGGCAAGGCCACAAGGGGAUUUACAUUCCGAUGCAACGCCUGCAGUUUCCAGAUGCAUCCUUGCUGUGCUAUGCUUUCGACGGAAAUGAACUUUAUGUCUCAUCCACACACCUUGAGGCUCUUAUCUGCAACCACACUAUCAAAUGGUGAGUCUGGUUUUGCUUGUGGUGAGUGCAAGAGGAAGAGAUCGGGUCGAGUGUACCACUGCACAGUUUGUGAUUACCAUCUCCAUGCAGUUUGUGCCAAGAACAUGAUUAAUGGGCUUCAAGCCUAUGGAAUCAAGGUCCCAGCUGAGUCGUCGAGCAUGCUUGGGAUCGCGGCUCGAAUCGCAUCUCAUGUUGUUGUGGGAUUCAUUGAGGGCAUUGGAGAAGGCCUUGGACAAGCUUUAAUUCAAAGUGUUGCAAAAGAUAGAGGCGGUAGUAGAAGAAGGGUGGAAUGAAUAUAUAUGCAAUUGUACGUAAUAAAGGUUUGGAGACUUUGGAUCUUAACAUACUACAUUUCUAUUGUUGAUUGUAUUACUGUUUAUAGCUGAAGAUGGUUUCUUAGCUACCAGCAGAAGAAGACGAUCGAUGCUGAAUAUGGAAUAAUGAUGGUGUGCUAGGUUUAACCCUAUUGUUAUAUAUUGCAUAUGAAAGUGUUUGUAUCUGUUAUAUAAUGUUAAUUUCCGUAAGAAAAA